AUGAAAAUGUCCUCGGACGAGCCUCCUCCACAUGGCGCUGAUUUCUGGGUUCCCGGAACCAUCGCCCUCAAAGACUUACUUCUUCCUACCGAGGGGGUAAUCCUGCACCCAGUCCCAACCACGAACCCCAAUGAUCCUCUCAAUUGGGCAUCGUGGCGAAAACACGUCAACUUUGGCCUCGUCUCGUUCUACGUGCUGCUGACCUUUGUCCAGCUGGACAUUGGCUUCACCGCGUGGGAGCGGUAUCAGCAAGAGCUCGGCUUCUCCAUCGGUCUCCUCAAUGCGGGCGCCGCCAUCAACUACGGCGGCCUCGCCAUCGGGUGCAUCCUCCUCGUGCCCCUCGUCCACAAGUACGGCCGCCGACCGCUGUACCUAUUCAGCACGAUUCUACAGCUCGUAUCGUGUGUGUGGUAUGCAGAGACGCAGACCGGGGGGGACUUUAUCGGCAGCAACCUGGUCUCCGGCGUCGGCGGCGCCAUCAGCGAGACGAUUGUGCAGAUUACCAUUGCAGACUUGUUCUUUGUACACCACCACGCCAUCAUGAACGGGUGGUAUCUAUUCUUCACCUUUGCCGGCGCGUAUCUGGGCCCAGUUGCCUCUGGCUACAUUGUCGAGAGCCAGGGGUGGCGGUGGAUGUGGUGGUGGUGCGUCAUCUUGUUCGGCGUCCACCUCGUCCUCAUUGUCCUUUUGUUCGAGGAAUCCAAGUUUAUCAACAACGUCGAUGCCAGGGACGGCAUGGAACCUAUCCGGUCCCGGUCAACCGGGGACGACAAACACUCUGUUGCGGAAGCUGAGUGGAACAGGUCCGUCAUUCAGGUCGACCACUCGAUCCCCUUGGCUAGCUACCGGCAGCGCAUGGCCUGGGUCACAAACAGCAAGACGCAUCUCUUGCACGACUUUUAUCAGCCCGUCGUGCUGCUCUUCACCUUUCCGGCCAUCGCAUAUGCCGCCAUCACGUACGGCAGCAUGUUGGCCUGUGCGCCGUACAACUUCACCGCCGCGGGUGUAGGCCUGAUGAAUGUCGCGCCCUUUAUCGGCACCUUCCCGGGUAUUUUCCUUGGUGGGUGGAUGAACGACAAGUCCAUUGUCUGGCUGGCGCGGCGCAACGGCGGCAUUUACGAGCCAGAGAUGCGUCUCUGGCUUGCUCUGCCCAUGUCGGUCAUGACGCCUGCCGGCAUCCUCGUGUGCGGCGUUGGCUUGGCAUAUGGCUCGCCUUGGCCACUGGUUGCCGUCGGAUACGGCAUCUUUGGAUUUGGUCUCGUGGUCGCGGGCGGCAUUGCACUUUCCUACGCCAUGGACUGCUAUCACGACAUCAUCGGUAACGCCCUUGUCGGAGUCGUAUUUACACGCAAUGCGUUCUCGGUCGUCGUUCUCUUUGCUUUGACGCCCUGGAUCAGCGGCAUGGGACUGCGAAAUGUGCACAUUCUUGUUUCUGUGCUGUGUUUUGCCAUUUUGCUUAUUCCCGUCAUUUUGCUUACUUGGGGCAAGAAGUUCAGAGCAGCGUCUGCAGAGGCGUACAAGAGUUAUGCUCGGAGACAGCCAACACACCGUCAUGUGUGA